AAAUGACAUCACGUCGCUCUGACGUCAUCACGCCGCGUCGCCUGUCGCUGUACUCCGUGUUCACAUGUGAGCAGAAGCACACUGGUGUGAACGCAGUGCUGUCAGAUCUGAGAGACGACGACAAACCAAAGUGAUGGUUGAGGAGAUGGAGGUCAAAGGUCAGCGGUAUUUUAAGGGUGGACAGAAGAAGGGUCAGAAGCGGCCCGCGCAGGACGGGACCAAGAGACGAAGACUGGACGGCACGAGCGUGAGCUACUUCCGCCGCGUCAGCGAGCGACUGAACGAGGGAUUCACAGAGGAGGAGGAGAAAGCUCUGUUUGUGGAGAACGUGCUGUCGGAGGUCAAGGGUCAAGCGGUGCUCGUCUCCACUGAUAUGACCGGCAGCGUGGCUCUGGAGCGGCUGCUCUCAUUGGCCAGUCCCGCUCAGGUGGCAGGUGUGCUGGCCGAGCUGGGAGGAGAGACGGGGUCAGAGUUCAGAGACGUGUCAUGUGAUCAGUGUGGGGGUCAUGUGAUGGAGAGCGCGCUCAGACAGGCCCACCGCUGGAACGAGGACGACUCUGAGGUCACGCAGGAGGACCAGGAGCAUUGUGGGAUGCUGGAGGCUGAGGUGAAGCGUGUGUGUGGAGUGGUCCGAGAGAGUCUGGUGGAGUUCCUGAAGGAUCCGUACGGAUCUCAUGUGCUCCGGACACUCGUGCAGGUUCUGAGCGGAUCUCUGAGCUCAGACACAGCUGCUCAAACAGGCAAGAAGCAGAAGAAGCCCAAAGCGGAGGUGCUGGAUUUCGAGAUUCCCGUCUCGUUCUGGUGGGAGCUGAAGCAUCUCUCCGAGCGUCUGAUGGACAACAUUAACGUCUGUGUGACGAGCUCCAGCGCCAGCGCCGCUCUCCAGACGCUGCUGACCGUCUGCCACAGGAAGAGACCCCUUCUGUGCAGGAAGCUGAUCAAGGGCAUCAUGGGAUACCUGACAUCACUCAGCUCGGCUCCUGGAGUCAGUCCGCUGCUGGUGUUCUUGAAGGACCCUUCCUGCAGUCACCUGAUGCAGACCGUCUUCAGCUUCUCCCAGAAGGCCGUGCUGCGAGACGUCUACAGGAAGCACCUGAGGACGCAGCUGAUGCCUCUGGCCCUUCAUCCCAUCGCUAACUACACCAUCCAGAGCCUGAUCACAGCUUCGGCGCGCUUCAGAGUGUUCCUGAAGAUCUUCGAUGAGCUGAUGGAGGGGUUCGAGGCGAUUCUGGCCGCGGGUCACAUGGGUGUGGUGGUGCUGAUGGUGGAGAGCUGUGUUCAUUGGGAGGAGAAGCAGAAUGAACUGCUGCAGCGCCUCCUGCAGGCUUUUCACUGCAGUGAGCCAGCAUCGCUGCAGGUGUCCUGUCUGCCUCUCUUCCUGUCUUUACUGGCGUAUGAAGUGUACUACAGCACAGGGACAGCAGAGGGAGACGGCCUCACACAGCGGCGUCUCGCUGUGUCUUAUCACGGAUCGCGGCUGGUUCAGGCUCUCGCUGGAUUCAAAGAUCGAUCCGUCCUGAUGAACAGCCUUCACGGGCUCGGCUCCGCUGACCUGCUGACCCUCGGCACUGACCGCUCCGGCAGCCACGCGCUCCAGAAGCUGCUGACCGCGGCCAGUGAUAAGGGCCGAGGAAAGAUCUUGAGAAAGCUGGAGGAGCUGUUCGUUCCCCUGGCCUGCUCCAGCUGCGGCAGCCGUCUGUUAGAAGCCGCGUGGAACAGCGCCACCGUCAGCCAGAGACAAAGCAUCGCUGAGAAACUGGUCCCCAGUGAAAGUCAGCUCCGAUCCGAUCAGUUCGCACGGCACAUUUGGGCCAAAUUUGGUCUGACAAACUUCAUGAAGCGACGAGCCGACUGGCAGGAGGUUCAAACGGGAGAGUCGAAGAAAAGGAAGAUGUUCAGUGAUAUUCUGCAGUAACUCAGAGAGACUUUGAACAAACUGUGACACCAUACAAGUUUUAGUAAGUGAGGAGUUUUCACUGAAUCCCUCUUGAAGUUGCAUUUUAUUAAUAAAAACAUAAAAAAUGCU